AUGUACAAGGCCGUCAUCCUGUCGACGCUGCUGUACGGAGCAGAGACUUCGACAGUAUACACAAAGCAGGCACGUCGACUGAACCACUUUCACCUUAGCGGUCUCUGUCGCAUCCUGAAGCUGAACUGGCAGGAUCGAAUCCCCGACACUGAUGUGCUGAAACGGACGGGAAUCCUCAGCAUCUACAUCAUGCUCAGACAAAUGCAGCUGCGUUGGAGCAGCCACCUGGUGCGCAUGGACGACGAGCGACUACCCAAACGACUUUUCUACGGAGACGUCGCCACGGGCUCUCGCCGUCAAGGAGGCCAAAUUCGUCGAUACAAGGAUACUCUGACGUCCUCCCUGAAGCAUCUACAAAUUAACCCGACCAACUGGGAGGAGCUCGCCCUCGACCGACCGACCUGGAAUAGGAAAGUGAAGACAGGCGCUGCGAUCUAUGAGGCCAACCGAAUCGCCGCUGUCAAAGUAAAACGCGACGCACGAAAAUCACAGCCACGCCCCGUCCGCAACGCCGACGCACAACCGAUUCCAACGUGUCCUCGGUGUCAACGGACAUUCCGGACACGAAUUUGA